CAAUGGGUAUUGGCCACAGCCUGAGGCUUCUGUCCAAUAGGAGCAUGCCUGCCCGCGGCUCUGGCGCGGAGCUUGAGCGGCUCGGGAAGUGGCAGUUGGUAUUGGUAGGUUCUGAGUUUGGGUGAGGUAGCUAGAGUCUUCGGCGGGCCCGCGAGCCUGGUCGCGACCUACUGGCGUCAGUGAUGGCUCAGGAAGCAAUGGAGUAUGAUCUUCAGGAACAGUUAAAUCAUGCUGUAGAACAGCCAGCUCCUGCUGACAUGGCCAGCAGCCAAGGGGGACCAGCCCUCCUCCAGCUUGUUCCUGCUGAUGUGCUCAGCAGACAAAGGGGACCACCUGUCAUCCAGCCAUCUCCUGCUGAAGUGGUCAGUAGCCAAGGGGAACCAGUCCUGCUCCAGCCUGCUCCUGCUGAAGUGGCCAAUAGCCAAGCAAGACCACCCCUGCUCCAUGCUUCUCCUGCUGAAGUAGCCAAUAGCCAAGUGAGACCACCCCUGCUCCAGCCUGCUCCACAACUGUCCAUUGACCUGACAGAAGAAGUCGAGGUUGUGGGAGAAGACAAUGUGGAGAACAUCAGUCCAGGGGCUUCAGAACAACAUAGCCAGGCUUCUGGUGCUAAUCACAACAUCCAAGCAUCUUCAUUGCAUUCAAUGACCAGCUUCAUCAGUGGGCUACAGAGAAUUCAUGGCAUGCUGGAAUUCCUCAGACCUGCUCCUUCAAACCACGGUGGAGGGCCAAUAAGAACAAGAAGGAGGAUAUCUGCUUCACGGAGGACAAGAGCCGGAGGAUCUCAGAGGACAGACAGUGCCAGGUUGAGAGCACCAUUGGAUGCUUACUUUCAGGUGAGCAGGACCCAGCCUGACUUGCCAGCUACCAUUUACAAUUCAGAGACUAGGAAUCCUGUGUCUGAAGACUUGCAGAUGUCUAGUAGUUCUGAUUCUGACAGUGACAGCUCUACAGAGUAUGGAGAGGUUGUUGACCAGACAGAGGAAUCUGGAGCUGUCAUUUCAGAAGCAGAGCAACUAGCAGGUGUCUCAGCAGAGCAAGAAGUUACAUCUGUCAAUGGAGAUGAAACCCUCCCCAAACAGCCAUCUUCCCAGAAGUCCAAUCCUCUGCCACCUUCUGCUUCUGUGGAUGAAGAAGAAGGGGACACUUGCACAAUAUGUCUGGAACAGUGGACCAAUGCUGGGGACCACCGGCUCUCGGCAUUACGCUGUGGCCAUCUCUUUGGGUAUAGGUGCAUUUCCACGUGGCUCAAAGGACAAGUACGAAAAUGUCCCCAGUGCAACAAGAAAGCCAAGCACAGUGACAUUGUUGUUCUUUAUGCCCGAACCCUACGCGCUUUGGACACCAGUGAACAGGAGCACAUGAAAAGUUCCCUACUGAAGGAGCAGAUGCUAAGGAAGCAGGCUGAGUUAGAAUCAGCACAGUGCCGGCUCCAACUGCAGGUCCUCACUGAUGAGUGCACUAGACUUCAAAGCCGUGUUAAGGACUUGCAAAGACUUAUGUCACAUCAAAAUCAGAACUUAAAGCAACCCAUGGGCUCCCAAGCAUGUGUCCUGAGUGGCUUACCCUCCAGCCAGGGCCAGCACAAGUACCACUUCCAAAAGACCUUCACAAUAUCUCAGGCAGGAAACUGCCGGACCAUGGCAUACUGUGAUGCCCUGAGCUGCCUGGUGAUAUCACAGCCUUCUCCUCAGGCCUCUUUUCUUCCAGGCUUUGGUGUUAAGAUGUUGAGUACUGCCAACAUGAAAAGCAGUCAGUACAUUCCGAUGCAUGGCAAACAGAUCCGUGGACUAGCUUUUAACAGUUGCUCCAGAGGCUUACUACUGUCUGCUUCCCUAGACAACACAGUUAAACUGACCAGCCUGGAGACAAACACCGUGGUCCAGACAUACAAUGCUGGACGUCCUGUCUGGAGCUGUUGCUGGUGUCUUGAUGAGAAUAACUACAUGUAUGCUGGACUGGCCAAUGGUUCAAUUCUAGUAUAUGACAUGCGAAACACAAGCAGUCAUGUCCAGGAGUUAGUAGCUCAGAAAGCCAGGUAGGGAGCCGCUUACUGUCUUCCUGGUAGUAGUAGCUUUCUCUUGCCUUAUUAUUGUGUUCAUUGUUUCUUCAGAGGGUGUUCCACAGUUGGUCAGAAAUCCUCACAAGAGUUUUUGAAGAUCCACUUGAUGUCACUUCAGAAUCAAUAACAUUCUUAUUAAUAAGAGUUUAUAUCUAUGAUAUUUCAUAUGACAGAGAGUUCUGGUACAAUUAUAGCCAGGUUCAUAGUCAGUAAUCAUCUAACAUGGCAAAAUAGAGUCAGAUCUCUGUUCAGAACCCAGCCCCACUACUUAUAAGUUGUGUGGCCGUAGUUGUAUUUCUUGGCCCAUUGAAAGCUUCAUCUGUAAAAUCUGGUCAACAUAGGCCACUUGCUUUAAUAGCCACAUGUCUAGCACAUAGGAAGAGAACAGUUAAGGCUAGCCUAAUAAAAAGUGAUUUAAAACUUAUGUAAUCCAAAGCUAAACCAACUUGUUUGAAGAUACUGUAUUCUUUAUCGUUUAAUCCAUUUAUGAGAUUGAGAAGUUUAUAAAGUCAGACCAAGUUCUGAGGAUGGAUGGCCACCAGCCCCACUAUGUCUUAGAAUGUGUUGAGCUGCCCUGUAGGUAUAAAGUUCUCAGAAGGGGAAUAAGGUCUGUGACCUGGCCAAAAUGAAAAGUAUCACCUAAGAGAUAAUUUUGUUUCCAACUGGAUAUAUUAAAAAGAGCAAGGAGAGCUAAACAUAAAGAUAUCAAUAAAGUAAUAAUUAUUUACUGAAAACUAUGCUCACAUAGAGUAGACAGUAAAAUACAGCAAGGUUUUUCUGUUGGU